UCUCCUCCCUACCACCACCGCCCCCGCGAGCUCUCUCCCUCCCCCAAUGCCCACCACAAACCUAGCCACGGACACUAUUCCCAGCCAUAGAUUCGACUCGAGCUCUCUCUCCGCUCGUCGUUCCCGACAUGGCCUGGGUGGCGGCGCAGCAGCUCGCGGCCGUGCUGCUCCUCCUGAACGCCGCCGCCGCCGCGCGCGCCAUCGCCACCGGCGCCCCCUUCCCCAUCGUCGCCGCCGUCGACGCCGUCCCGCGGGUCUCCCUGGCGGAGGAGGAGGCGGCGGCCGCCGUCGAAGGCUUCGACGACGGGUUCGGCGGCGACGGGGUCGGGGGAGGCGCGGCGGCGGGGGGGUCCGGCGCCAAGGGCCUCGCGGGCAACCCCAUCGUCGCCGAGGUCGUCAACAAGCGCCUCAAGUCGCUCACCUCCACCUUCGCCAGGGCCAUCCGCGCCGAGCUCGGAUACUGCAUCAAGGACACGGAUUCGGAGUGGGAUGCGGCCUUCAAUUUCUCCAGGGACACCACCUUCCUCAACAACUGCAUGAAGCAGACCAAUGGAGACCUGCACCAGCGCGUCUGCACAGCUGCAGAGAUGAAGUUCUACUUCAACAGCUUGCUCGGCAGCGACGAGGACACGAGGGGGGAGAAGAACUACGUCAGUCCCAACAAGAACUGUAACCUGACAUCGUGGAGCGAUGGCUGCGAGCCCGGAUGGGCAUGCAGCGCCGGAGAGCAGAAGGUCAACCUGCAGGAUGCCAAGGAUAUCCCCUUGAGAUCCCAGGAUUGCCAAGCUUGCUGCCCUGGCUUCUUUUGCCCCCAUGGUCUCACCUGCAUGAUGCCUUGCCCUCUUGGAGCAUACUGUCCCGUGUCCACCUUAAACAAAACUACUGGCAUCUGUGACCCAUACAACUAUCAACCACCCCCUGGAAACCCCAAUCACACUUGUGGCAGUGCUGAUAACUGGGCAGAUGUGGUCAGCACUGAUGAUAUUUUCUGCCCGGCUGGAUUCUACUGCCCGAGCACGACGAAGAAACUCCCUUGUAGUAGUGGGUUUUAUUGCAGGAAGGGAUCAACUUCACAAACCAGAUGCUACAAGAAGAGCUCUUGUCCACCGAACUCUGAUAAUCAAGACAUUACAAUUUUUGGUGCAUUGCUAGUGUUUGCCUCCUGUUUAGUCCUUUUGAUCAUCUACAAUUUCUCCGGUCAACUCCUGACCAACCGUGAGAAAAAGCAAGCAAAAUCUCGAGAGGCUGCUGCAAAGUAUGCGAGAGAGACUGCACAGGCUCGUGAAAGGUGGAAAUCGGCUAGAGAUGUCGCCAAGAAGGCUAGCUCUGGCCUGCAGUCGCAAUUGUCUCGCACCUUCUCCCGCAAGCAGAAACCUGGCCAGGCAGGGGGGAUGUCAUCCAAAGGUCUACCUUCACUUGGAGGAGACGGGGGUGGAAAGAAGGACCUCACCGACAUGAACUCGCUUGAUGAUUACCCGGAAGGUGAAGGAUUCAAUCUGGAAACAGGAGACAAGGGCGGGAGAAAGAACAUGCCAAAAGGGAAGCAGAUGCACAGCCGGAGCCAGAUUUUCAAGUAUGCAUACGGUCAAAUCGAGAAGGAAAAGGCAUUGCAACAGGAAUUACAGGAGAACGACAACAACAUGACUUUGUCGGGUGUGGUAAAUAUGGCCAAAGAUCAUGAAGGCGGUUCAAGAUUGGCCAUUGAGGUCGCCUUCAAGGACCUAACUCUGACAUUGAAGGGGAGUAAGAAGAAGCUCUUGAGGUCCGUGACAGGAAAGCUCAUGCCUGGCCGUGUAGCUGCUGUCAUGGGCCCAUCUGGUGCGGGCAAGACCACAUUUCUGAGUGCUAUCGCUGGCAAGGCAACUGGUUGUGACACAUCAGGCUUGGUACUCAUCAAUGGUAAAGUUGAGCCUAUUCGUGCGUACAAGAGGAUUAUUGGCUUUGUGCCCCAAGAUGACAUUGUUCAUGGCAACCUAACCGUUGAAGAAAAUCUCUGGUUCAAUGCAAGAUGCAGGCUUUCAGCAGACAUGUCUAAAGCCGAUAAGGUCCUCGUCGUGGAGAGGGUCAUCGAGUCUUUGGGCCUGCAGGCAGUUCGAGAUUCUCUGGUUGGGACGGUGGAGCAGCGUGGCAUCUCAGGUGGCCAACGCAAGAGAGUCAACGUCGGUCUAGAAAUGGUCAUGGAACCCUCGUUGUUGAUCUUAGAUGAGCCAACUUCCGGUUUGGACAGCGCAUCCUCCUUGCUUCUUCUCCGCGCCCUUCGCCGGGAAGCUCUCGAAGGCGUCAACAUCUCCAUGGUUGUUCAUCAGCCCAGCUAUACGCUGUACAGAAUGUUCGAUGACUUGAUACUUCUGGCUAAAGGGGGCAUGACCGUUUACCACGGGCCAGUGAAGAAGGUGGAAGAGUACUUCUCAGGGCUGGGCAUUGUCGUGCCGGAGCGCGUGAACCCGCCCGACUACUACAUUGACAUCUUGGAGGGCAUAGUGAAGCCAAGCAUGAGUGCAGGAGUAGCUGUGAAGGACUUGCCACUCAGAUGGAUGCUGCACAACAGCUACGAUGUUCCACGGGACAUGCUGCAGAGCUCCUCGGGAUCUGAAUCUUCGGUCGGAAGAAGUGCAGACCCUUCCUCCCCCAGUUCCGAGUCAGGACCAUCCUUCGCUGCAGAACUGUGGGCCAAUAUCAAGGACACCAUCAUGCAAAAGAAGGAUGAGUUUGACUAUAACAAGUCAACUGAAGAUUUGUCAAACCGUUGCACCCCUGGCAUUCUUAGGCAGUACAGGUACUUCCUAGGAAGGGUUGGCAAGCAGAGGCUCCGGGAAGCAAGGAUACUGGGUGUUGACUACCUGAUACUCUGCCUUGCCGGGAUAUGCCUGGGGACACUGGCUAAAGUGAGCGACGAGACGUUUGGCGCGCUUGGGUACACUUACACUGUCAUCGCUGUCUCCCUGCUCUGCAAGAUUGGAGCCCUGAGGUCGUUCGCACUGGACAAGAUAUACUACUGGAGGGAGAGGGCCUCAGGCAUGAGCUCGUUGGCCUACUUCAUGGCCAAGGACACCAUCGACCACUUCAACACCAUUGUCAAGCCCAUUGUCUACCUCUCCAUGUUCUACUUCUUCAACAACCCCAGGUCAUCCAUCUGGGAGAACUACCAAGUCCUCGUCGCACUUGUCUACUGUGUCACGGGCAUGGGAUACACCUUCGCCAUCUUCUUCCAGCCAGGCUCCGCGCAGCUGUGGUCUGCACUACUCCCGGUCGUUCUGACCCUGAUAGCAACUCAGCAGAAGAACACCAUAAUUGCUGAUCUGUGCUACACAAAGUGGGCCCUGGAGGCGUUUGUGAUUGCCAACGCUCACAACUACUCCGGGGUGUGGCUGAUAACACGGUGCGGGUCGCUGGUCAAGAGCGGCUACGACAUCAGCAAUAGGAGUCUCUGCAUAUGGGUCCUCAUGGCCAAUGGGGUGGCCUUCCGCUGCGUAGCCUUCUUCUGCAUGGUAGUGUUCCAGAAGCACUGAGGCACCCUUCCCUCUGUCAAUAGAUACAGCUGAUCCAUUCAUUGAUUCUUUCUCUGCGUAACAGAAAUGUACAAUUAGAACUUUCUGUCUUUUCAGCAUGAGGUGUAGAUAAGAACAGGUUGUUUUUUCUUUUGAGAUGUAAGAAUGUGUUGUUGAGUAGCAGGCAGCUGGUCAGGAAUGCCCUAUAUUUUAGAAGCGUCAUCCAUUUCAGAUCAGCUGAUAGUACAUAUCUAAGAUCACUAGUUCACUUAUUGCCCCGGUGUAAAUUCGAAAUGAAAUGUCCAAUUAUUUGUGGC